CUGGCGCAUCUCACUAACAUGCGCCAGACCUGGACAUGCUCUUAUCCUCCACUCGUCUCUUUCGUCUCUUAAUUCCCGUUGUUCGGUAUCCGGAAACAGCGCAUGCCCUUUUCUUCUUUUUCUUCCUCAGAUCUCCAACUGAACCCACCAAAAACCUUAGUCUCCAGGCGAAUUUCAUCGCCCAAAACUCACUGAAUCGAAUCUUGAUGCGAUGAUGUCGCUUGCUCUCUCUCCGCGAAUUGCAAUUUCGGUGAGUUCAUCUUUCGGAAACCAUAACCAAUCUCCCCCAUCGGCUAUGUCGCCUUCACGGUUCUGGGCACUACACCGUUACCCCACUCUUCGCCUCGAUCUCAAAUUAUGCCCCUGUUCUCUCCGAGCUCACGAAUCCGAGAGUGUUGCGUCCGCAAGUGCGCCGAUCUUUGACGAUUUCAGGGUUUUCGACUUCGAUAGUUUUCUCUCGCUUGCCGAAUUGGUACUUAUUGCUUCCUCGACAGUCAUUUCAGUGGCUUUCGCGGUGAAUUGCUCGGUUUUAGGGCUGAAAAACGAGAUUUUGGGAGAAAUGUGGAAGAGGGUUGCGCUAUGCGGGGUUGCAGGAUUGGUGGGUGGGGUGGUGAUAGGCGCGUGGAUAAGACGGAGGCAGUGGAAGAGGAUUUGCGGAGAUCCAAUGAGAGGAGAGAGCAUGAACUUGAUCAAGAGGGUCGAGAAUCUGGAAGAGGAGCUGAGGAACUCCGCGACGAUAAUCAGGGUUCUAUCUAAGCACCUGGAGAAGCUCGGAAAUCGAUUCCGAGUCACGAAGAGUGCUUUGAAACAGCCAAUCGCAGAGAUUGCAGCUUUGGCUCAGAAGAAUUCAGAGGCCACAAGGGCAUUAGCGGUGCAAGAAGACAUUCUGGAAAAGGAGAUCCAUGAAAUCCAGAAAGUUUUGAUAGCUAUGCAGGAACAACAGCAAAAACAGCUGGAACUUAUACUUACAAUCGUGAAACACAGCAAGUUAUGGGAGAGCAAACCGAACUCAGACAAGACAUUGGUUGGAGUCGAAGGUUAUAAUAACUCUCCGAAUGAUGUCAAACCUCCAGAAAAGCAGAUUGAUCAAGCCACCAUGGACAGAAGCAUGGAAACAGAUGCCGGGUUAGUUCCAGAGUCAGCGGCAAGGAACCCUGUUUGAUUGCUUAGAUGUUUCUUGCUUGCAGAUUUUGUUGGUUCCACAAGGAUUUUGGGGGGUUUACAAUUCAAAAAUAUUUCUGAUUUUUGCACAAACGCCAUAGAUGGGUGUUGGAAGCUGGCAUUGUCUUUCUCAGAGCUCCAACAUUCUGAAGCUGGUGGACAGAAACAAUGGCGUUACAGAUACACUCCAAAUGGGUUCAGUGUCCUUUCUCAAUGGAGUUUGUAAAUUUGAAACUGUUUCCGGGAACAGUGGAAAUGCUCUGUUUUGUUUUUUGUUUUUUUUUUUUUUUUGCUAU